GUGAUGUGGUCUUGACACUUUGGGGAAAUCAAAGAUCGACUGUAACAGUAGGAGCUAAUCUGUAAUGCUCUUUAAAGACUAUGCACAUCGUUUACAGAGACGUGUGAGGAUGUGGGUAAAGUUUAAACAGCCCAACAAACACUCAGCAGUCGGAACCGAAUCCAUUUUGUCAGACUCGUCAAAUGACAGAACAAGACUUCACACUUCACUUCACAAGACUGUUUUAUGAGGCAGCGGUAGCAGCAGACCCUGCAGGCGGCGGACAGAGCCAGCGUCGCGCCAUGGCCACUGCGCGCUUCCCCGGGAAGAGUGUGGACGUGGCAGCCGCCAACUGGACAGCUCCAGCGCCGGGCCGGCCGGUGUGCGUCAACGGGACGCCGUGGAUCCUGUACCUGCUGGAGGAGUGUGUGGAUAACGUGUGGGAGUACUGCAGCGUGGUGAUAGGACUCGUAUCAAUGUUCUGUUUCCUGCUCUCCACUUUGCCGCAGGUCUAUGUGGCCUAUCGGAAUGGUAAAGUGGAGGAGGCCAUGUCAUUUGGCUUUCUUUUCUUCCUCUUCAGUGGAGACCUGACCAACUUUGCAGGCUGCUAUCUCACCGGCCAACUGCCCAUUCAGGUAGUCACAGUGGUGUUCUACAUCUUCACAGACCUGAUCCUCAUCUCCCAGUUUCUCUACUAUAAAAUCAAAAACAGCUCCAGCAGAAAAAGCCCUGUGUUGAAGUGGCUGUGCUUCAUGUGGUGUGGCGCUGCUACAUUAGUUCUCCUGGCUUUACCCAAACUCAUCAUAGACAAUAGUACAACUUUAGACACCCAGAGUCCAGCUACCUCAAAAUCAGAGGAAAUCACUGGCUAUGUAUGUGGCUACAUGGCAUCUAUCUUCUACCUCUCCUCCCGUUUCCCCCAGCUCUAUAAAAAUUUCCAGCGGCAGUCUACGGAGGGCACCUCCUACAUGCUGUUUGCCCUGGCCAUGAUGGGCAAUGGCACGUAUGGGUUGAGCGUCAUGGUGAUCCUGCCUGCACUGAGGGGCUCCAAACAGACCUUCAUCAUCAAACAUCUGGCCUGGCUCAUUGGCAGCCUGGGAGUCCUCAUACUUGACUUCUUUGUGACUGCCCAGUUUAUCAUGUACAGGAAAAACAAGUCUCCUAAAAGCAGCUCACUACUCAGUGUCCCAGAAGUGGAGCCCCUGCUGUGUGAGGAAGUGGAACUGUCGGGCUUAUAGGACACAGAGUGGACACAACAUGGAGUCAAGAACGCCCUGGUCAGUCUACGGUUUGUUUUUGAUCAUCCUGUGUGUUCCCAGCGUUCACUGAUUUACUCAUAACAACUUUACAGAACGGAGAUAUUGCAGAAGCAUUGGAGAAGGUUCCUGUGCACCUUUAGAGUCUCAUUCUUCUGCUGUUAAGAGGACAAAAACCAUGAUCAACUCUAAUGUUGUUUACCAUUGAAAUAAAGGAAGAGCCACAGAAAACAUCUGGUUAAUCCAUUUUCAACACUGGAGAAAGUUAAAUUAAAAAAACAUGUCUGUCUAUAUCUCUCUAGGCAGCCAAGUUGGCAUCACUGAAGUCUUUAUCUGGUUAUGAGUACUGUCGUUUUCGAUAAAUGUUUCUACUGGGAUUGCUUGAUUUAGUUUUAGACGGAGUAAAUGUAGUUUUAUUUGCCAUUGGAGACCGUACACACCCAGAGGAGGAAGCUUAAUGCCAGAUGUCUUUUCACAAAUGCAAGUGUUAAGAAAGAAUGAAGUGCCUGUUAUAUUUACACAUUUUUGACAGGGUAGAUACUUUGGAUUGCAGUAGUAAGCCAGGAUGCAUGGUAUGGGCUUGUUUUUUUUAUUUUUCCUGCCUGAUUUGAUGUGUGAGUGCCAUAAUAUACGGAGUCUGUGUGAGCACUGUAAUAGAGGAACCACCACAGAUGUUUCCAUGUGAAGUUGGCUUAUAGGAAAUUGUCAUGAGCAAAAUACUAGACUCUUAUUUCACAGGAUGUGAACGUCUGCAGGGGCCAUCCUUCCACCUGAAAGAUAUUAAUUUGACUACAGGCGUGUGACAGCCUCAUUUCCAUUUCAAAGAGAUGUUGCUUUUUUCUGCUGUCUUGGUCCAAAUUCUCAGCUCUCCUUCAGGAACACAUUGUUUGUGCCUUUUUUAAACUAAACACGGUCUUAAUAUAAAUGCGCUAUAUAUAUUGAUUUCAUAACUAAAUUAUUUUUAAAAUUAAACAAAGUUAAAUUUUUAAACUAUUGACUGGUUUACGUAAGGCGCUGUUUUCUUAGAAACUGUAGUGGGACCUUUUCUCUAUGCUACCCCCUCUUCUUAAAAUAUGAUCUGCCUCUGUUAAGUGUUGUGAGUAGUAAUGUAAUGGCGUCCUAUUUUGUAAUGUCUUCAUGGCAUUCAAAGACAUAUGUUUAAGAAGACAUGACCAUUCGAUAGUGUAUUUUAAGAUAGAUCUGAGAAUAGAAACAUUGAUGGGGUAAUGAGGUUCAGGUUUAGAACAAAGAUGCUCUUGUCAAGUCAAAUUUAUUUUGAAAGCAUUUUUCCCUUCAUAGCUUCAUUCCAGUCACUCACAGAGUAACACAAAACAAAUACAACAUAACUAAGGAGAGGAAAAACAACAGAACAAGCAGUCUUAUUGAUGAGCUAGAUGAGCAGUUUGAGUUAGCGGAUAUUAAUUUAGAUCAUUAGCAAAACUAACAGCUCUAUGUUGUGCUAAAUGUUGUUACACAUUAUGUAUGUGCUGCUGUCAGUGUUUAACCCGGUCAUCUGCAUAAUAACUAUUAUGAUUAUAAGUACUGUAGUUGCAGAGAUCUGCAGAUUUCUCUACCUCGUUAUAGUGUGGAUAUGAUUCAUUUCUCCCAGUGUGCCUGUGGAAUUUGGAGCGCAACGCUUCAUGUGUGGAAACAUGUCUAUCUCUACACUGAGUAAAAAUUAAUCAAGCAUAUUUUGUAGCAUCUCAACAUCUAUGUUUCGGAAAAUAAAUGUGAAGGAGUAUGUGUUGGUCAUUCCUUGUCUAUGAACAACGUGACUAUUCUUAGCCAGUCAGGGGAUGCAAUAAUGUGGUAUAUGUAGAUACGGGAUUUGUUCUGACGUUAGUUACUGCAAAGGGAAUUUAUUUGCAAAUAUAUGCACUUAGAGUACAUUUUAAAACUUUUUUAAGUAUUUGCAAAUUAUUUUUGUAUUGCACGAUUCAUACUUUGAUCACUUCUCAGUUAUUUCUAAAUGAGUCUGAUAUACUUUUUCAAUCUAGCACAAAAAGUAUAUAUUUAUUGUAUAUAUAGUAUUUCUACUGUAUGUAGAAAAUUUAGUAUUUAUAAGACUGUAGUUUUUAUCUUAAUGGUGAUGCUGUAUUGCUAAGAUGUAUUUAUAUGUAAGUACAACGGGUUUUUUUCCCCAUAUGCAUUUAACUGUUCAUGGCCAAUUCUAUUGUGUAUGUAAAACCACUCUGUGUAUGAUACUUACUGUAUACUGUACAAAACUUGAAUAAACUGCAAUACACAGUGAAUCUUCCGA